UUAUAAAUUAAACAUUGAUAAAGAGCUCCAAACUAAACGCCAAAGACGAGGUAGCCAAUGCAUGCAGUCGCAUUUUUUGCUCCAAGUAACAAACAAGUUGCUAUAAAAUAUUCCAUUUAAAUAUCUAUAUCGGAUUUUGAUAUAAUCAUGAAGGUCAUUAUCGUGUUAUCUGCCUUAUUGGUUCUUUCCUCUGCCGAAACAUACAACUCAGAGAACGACGACUUGGAUAUUGAGAAGUUGGUCUCAGAUCCCGCCUCUCUUGGAGCUUUCCUGGACUGUUUUAACGACAAGGGUGCUUGUGACGAACUAUCUGGUGAUUUCAAAAAGGACCUACGGGAGGCUGUAGAACAAGCAUGCGAAAAGUGCACCGCUGCCCAGAAGCACAUUUUCAAACGCUUUUUAGAAGUAAUUAAAGUCCAAAAGGCAGAUGACUACAAAAUUUUCCAACAAAAAUACGACCCCGAGAACAAAUACCUUCCCGCUUUGGAAGCUGCUAUUGCGAAAUAUUAAAAUGAUGGCAUGAAUUGUAUGAACUAAAGAUAAGGAAAACGGCACAAUAAAAGUAAUAAUCAUUUAAAGAA